CGCCGUAUUACGAUGCGAUUACAUUGCCAUCUUUCGCACGGCUCUUGACAAGAGCGACCGGGUGGUGUUGUUUGUCACCGUGGCUGGCAGGGCGGCACUUCCCGGAGUGGCCUUCCAAAACACGGGAGCUGUUGGGCUCCGGAUUACAAUUCUGCUGCCAUGUCUCAGAGUGUGUUGGCAGGAAUGGAGAACUCAGCUGUGACUGUGUUGAAGAGGGCUAUUGAAUUGGACAAUGAUUCCCGUUUGCAAACAGCAUUGGUUUGCUAUCAGGAGGGCAUCCAUCUUCUUAUGGAAGUGCUGAAAGCUACAAAAGAUGAAGCAAAAAAAGUCCAUUAUCGAAAGAAGAUAACAGGCUACAUGGAUCGAGCAGAAAAAAUUAAAGAACAGCUGAAUUACCUCAAAGAAAAAGGAAAAUAUCAUGAACAGAAGAUUCCAGAAGAUGCUACUGGGUUUAGCUAUGAAAAAAUUUUCAAACCAUACUUGGAUUCAUUUGUUACUGAGGUCUGGGUAGAAGAUCCAUACAUCAGGCAUGUUCAUCAGCUAUACAACUUCUUGAGAUUCUGUGAGAUGCUUAUAAAAGGACCUUGCAGUGUGAAAACUAUCCAUCUACUGACUUCACUUGAUAGUGGUGGUAACUUGCAGCAGACCAGUGGUCUUGAGGAAAUAAAACAGUCAUUGCAGAGUUACAAGAUAACCUUGGAGGUGAAAUACUCCUCUUCAAUACAUGAUCGAGAAAUCAGAUUCAACAAUGGGUGGAUGAUCAAGAUUGGAAGAGGAUUAGAUUACUUAAAAAAACACAGGUUUGGACGAUUUUCGAUUGGUUACUGUGAUUUUGACCUGAGACAAUGUCACGAAACUACAGUGGACAUUUUCCAUAUCAAGCAUACAAAGAAUUCAUAACUUGGAGCAACGACUAUUCUAAUGAUUUUAUUACUAUUAUGUUAUGAAAUUGAUGUUUAAAAGAUUUAAAUAUUUUGUAGUUAUUAAGUUACUAUCACUUGAAUAUCUGACACACUGAAGAGUUUUCUUACUAAAAAAUAAACUUAAAAUGCUAAAUGUAACAAU